AUGCGCACAAGUCGAUUGCCUCGUGUUGGGGUCAAGCGCAGCCUAUUGCAGAGGCUGAAGCAAAGUAACGAUGUGGAAUGGCUGAACCAGAGAGAAUCAAGACGCGCACAUGUUCUUCUUUCACAAUCUUUGAUAUCACUUCUCCUGCCUGUGGAAAUCAUGCGAAGCCCCGUCUUCUUUUAA